AUGAGUGCCUCUCCGCAGUGGGUGCGCAUCGACCCGGCCGAUGUCGCAGGCGCUCCGCUCGGUGUCGAGGGAUGCUACCGCGCACCAGGCGCCGCCACGGCCUCGAGCGCGAGCGCCGGCAGCGGGGGCGCCGGCAGCGCCAGCAGCAGCGGCACCAGCCGCUGCGACUCUGGCGGCGCUGCGAGUCCGAGUGCCCCGCUGCCGCGCGAGUGGUGCGAGACCCUCGCCGCCUGCGCAGCUGCUCCGCGCGCACCGCGAGCCGCCUCGGCCACGCGCUGCGAGGCCCUGGUCGCCGAUGGCGCCUCUCCUCGCGCGCCGCGAGCCGCCUCGGCCACGAGGCCCAGCGGUCCUGCUGCUGGCGCGGCCCCCUGCCGCGCACCAGCCAGCCCCUGCAGCUCGAGCGAGUGCGAGACGGAGGACGGGCCCGACGAGGUCUGGGACCUCAUCAUCAAGCCGCCCCGAAUGCGGUACUCCAAUCUUGAGCUCGUCGGGAGGUACCCGGAAUCAUUCAAGGUUGGCCGCUGGCCAGUGCGGAGGACCGACUUCCAGCUGGUUAAUGACAGGAGCAUGACUCUGGAGUGCACCAUCUUUCAGCCGCGGGCGGGUCUGGACUCGAGCGUCCAGUCUCCUCCAGGGCAGGAGCGCGCAUGCGUGGUGUUCUGCCACGGCCAUGGCAGCAACCGUCUGAACGGCUUCCAGCUGGUACCCAUUCUCCUGCCGCUCAACAUCUCCCUCGUCUGCUUCGACUUCGCGGGAUCCGGCAUGAGCGGUGGCGAGUUCACGUCGUUGGGCUACUACGAGCGCGACGACCUCAGGUGCGUCAUCCAGCACCUGCGAGAGCAGAGAGGCUUCACUCGCAUCGGCGUCUGGGGCGUCUCCAUGGGCGCCUCCACUGCGCUCAUGCACGCGGCGCGCGACCCCAUGAUCGCCGGCGUGGUCGCGGACAGCCCCUUCAGCGACCUUGGGACGCUCAUCCGGGAGCUCUGUGCAAAGUGGGUGCCACUGCCGUGGGCGCUGCUCUGCGGCGUGCUCUGCGUCGUCCGCGGGAGGGUCCAGAAGAAGGCGCGCUUCGACAUCUACGACGUGGCCCCGCACGAGCACAUGGCCAGCUGCCACGUGCCGGUCUACUUCCUGCACGGGGACAAGGACGACUUCAUCUCGCCGAAGCACUCGGAGGAGCUGCGGCGCUGCUGCGGCGGCGACGCAGACCUGCUGAAAGUGCACGAGGGCACGCACACCUCCCCGCGCCCCUUGUCGACGAUGGCCCGCGCGGCCCUCUUUCUGGUGCGGGCCAUGCGAUGGGAAGACCAGCUGCCCGAUGGCGUCACGGACAAGGACGUGGUGACCCUCGCAAACAGGGCCGGGGCCCCGCUGCAGGCGCCGCGGAGGGGCCAGAACGCCCGCGGAGACCGCAGCAUCCAAGCCCUGCUGGAGUCCGCGGCGCCCGCGAACGUCAGCCUGGGCAUCGUCAAGGUGGCGUGCCGGCUCGCCGCGCUGUAUGCAGGCGCGGAGGUCGUCUCGUGCACCCCGGGGCUCACCGCCGCUGCCGAGCCGCUGCGCGCGCGCUUGCCCGCGUCCGUGUCGGGCACCCUGCGCCUCCGGUCCGAGCACACCGAGUUCGCCCUCUGCUGGGUGGAGGGUGGCUUGCCGCGGCCAGGGCACGGCGGCGAGGCCCGCGUGCGGGUGUGGUUCGCCCUGGCCUCCACCGCGGCGCUGAGCCUCACCUCGGUGCUGCUGCGCUUCGGCAGCGCGUCGCCCGCGGGCAGCGUGCCUCUGGCGGGCUUCGCCUGCGAGGCCAUCGACACGGCCGACCAGACGCUGACCCGCGCCCUCCAGGCGGGCCAGCGGUCCUCGCUCUCGCUCACACUGGGCAGCGACGGCUCGGCCGAGGUGGAGGCGGGAGGCGCCCGUGCGACCAACGCCGCCUGGAGAGCCUCCGCCGCCGCGGUCGAGGCGGGUGCCGCCGAGGACGCCUGCGUCUGGGCCUUGCAGUGGAGGCGUGCAGGAGAGGCCAACGGCGCCCGCGUGCAGCUGCGGGCGGCGACGAUUGCGCCGGCGUUAGGCUGCUAA